UUAAACAUGGCAUAUUUUGUCUUUAGUUUACUAGUUCUGGCACUUAUAUUUGGUAUUGCCUCUAAUGUUUUGUUCAUACCAGCUGUUAUUGCUAACAGGAUGACAGCUUCUUCUAGUUCCUCAAACAAAAAUCAAGAACAAGCAGCUUUGCUCCAGAGUGGUUGGUGGAAUCAUGACCGAAACAUAUCAAACCAUUGUAAUUGGACAGGUAUCACGUGUAAUGAAGCUGGAAGCAUUACAAAGAUUUCAGCAUUGAAAACUCCUCCACCAGAAUUGCAGCGGUUUCAGAACUUGAAGUUAACUGCCUUCACCAAUUUAGUCCGUAUAGAUCUUACUGGGUUGGGACUUACAGGAAUUAUCCCCACAGAAAUAGGCACACUUACGAAGCUUUCAUAUAUUGACCUCUCUUACAAUAGCCUUCAAGGUAAGUUGCCUAAAGCACUUUCAAAUCUCACUCAACUUGAGUCGCUUGAUGUUUCUAAUAACCAUAUUGAAGGUACCAUACCAGAAGAAUUAGGGAAUUUAUCCAAUUUAGAGGGAUUAUAUCUUUCAAAUAAUUUACUUAAUGGUACAAUCCCUUCUACUUUGGUUCAAUUAGGGAAUUUGACUGAUCUUUCCCUUAGUUCUAACCAAAUUGAAGGUCCAAUACCAGUAGAGCUAGGAAAUUUGUCCAAUUUAAGGGGACUAUACUUUUCAAAAAAUUCACUCAUUGGUUCAAUCCCUUAUACUUUGGGUCAAUUGAAGAAUUUAGUCCAUCUCUCCCUUGAUUCUAACCGAAUUGAAAGCUCCAUACCAGUAGAACUAAGGAAUUUGUCCAAUUUAAGGGGAUUAUACCUUUCAAAUAAUUCACUCACUGGUUCAAUCCCUUAUACUUUGUGUCAAUUGAAGAAUUUGGUCUAUCUCUCCCUCGAUUCUAACCAAAUUGAAGGUCGCAUACCAGUUGAACUAGGAAAUUUGUCCAACUUAGAGGAAUUGCAUCUUUCAAAUAAUUCAUUCACUGGUUCAAUCCCUUAUACUUUGGGUCAACUAGAAUCUUUGGUCUAUCUCUCCAUUAAUUCUAACCAAAUUGAAGGCCUCAUACCAGUAGAACUAGGGAAUUUGUCCAAUUUAGAGGAGUUAUAUCUUUCGAAUAAUAACAUCUCUGGUGUUAUACCUCCAAAUCUUUUUCAAAUGACCGAAAUGCAUUCUCUGCAUCUUUCAUCAAAUCAGUCGUAUGGUUCAAUACCAUCAGAGAUUGUGAAAGCCACCAGACUUUGGGAUCUAGACCUUUCCCACAACAACCUUAUAGGGUCUAUCCCAUCUCCUAUCCUGAAUUGUCCCUUUCCUACAACAAUGGAUUUAAGCUACAACUUGUUGAGUGGAAGCAUUCCUCCCCAAAUUGGUUGUUGUGUUGUUACCCUUAACCUUAGCCACAAUUUUCUUAAGGGUGAGAUUCCAUUUAUUUUGGGACCAAAUUCUGUGGUAGACAAGUUGGAUCUUAGUUAUAAUAAUCUCACUGGUACACUAUACAAGGAGCUUGCUUUUUUAGAGUAUAUAAACCUUUCAUACAAUUCCUUUGACUUUUCAAGAGAUCUUGAUUUUGAGUCACAAUCACCAAACUAUUGUUAUUUCAAGGAAGACUCAUUAAUCAGUUACAAUACACCAGAUUUCACAUUCUGUCAUUCUAUCCACCAAACCAAUCAUCGCACUAGUAAAGCUAAGCCUUUCAUUCUAAUUUCUCUUCCUAUCAUUUGUUUCAUUAUUCUUGUACUUCUUUCAACAUUAUAUUUCACAAGAUGUACUUCUAAGAUCAAAUUUGAAGGAAGAUCAACAAAGAAUGGAGACUUGUUUUCUAUAUGGAACUAUGAUGGUAAAAUUGCAUUUGAAGACAUUAUUGAAGCAACUGAGGACUUUCACAUCAAGCACUGCAUUGGAACUGGUGCAUAUGGCAGUGUCUAUAGAGCACAGUUGCCGAGUGGCAAAAUUGUUGCAUUGAAGAAACUUCACCAAAUGGAAUCUCAAAAUCCAUCUUUUGACAAGAGUUUUCGCAAUGAGGUCAAGGUGUUAACAGAAAUCCGUCACAGAAACAUUGUAAAGCUUUAUGGCUUUUGCCUCCACAGUCGAUGCAUGUUUUUGAUCUAUCAAUACAUGGAAAGAGGUAGCUUAUUAUAUCUUAUAAGCAAUGAUGUGGAAGCUGAGGGGUUGAAUUGGAGUAAGAGGGUGAAUAUCAUUAGAGGAAUUGCACAUGCUUUGUCCUACAUGCAUCAUGAUUGUACUCAACCAAUUGUUCAUCGGGAUGUAACAAGUAGCAAUGUUUUGUUGAAUUCACAAUUGGAGGCUUUUGUCUCAGAUUUUGGCACAGCUAGACUCCUUGCUCCAGAUUCUUCAAAUCAAACCAUAGCGGUUGGCACAUAUGGAUAUGUUGCCCCAGAGCUUGCCUACACAUUGACUGUGACAGAAAAAUGUGAUGUGUACAGUUUUGGAGUGGUAGCAUUGGAAACAUUAAUGGGAAGACAUCCAGGAGAGCUAAUUUCAUCUUUAUCAAACUUAUCUACUCAGAAUAUGUUGUUGAAGGAUCUCUUGGACUCACGUCUUCCCCUUCCUUUCUCUCCAAAGGAUGAGCAAGAUAUAGUGCUUGUGGUAACACUAGCAUUGGCAUGUUUGUGUUCCAAACCAAAGUCCAGACCAUCAAUGCAACAUGUGGCUCAGGAACUCUCUUGUUCCAAACAGCCACUUCCCUUGCUUUUUGGUGAAAUUACAAUCAUUCAGUUGAUGCCUCGAGGUAUAUCUUCUUUCUGUUGAGUAUCAUCAAGAAAGAAAUCUUGUAGGCAAAAACUAAGGGUAGUAAUAUUUUGGAUUUUAAGGAUGAAUGAGCAAUUUUCCUUAAUUAAAUACUAGAACAAUGCAAACUGGUCUGUUGCCCUUUAGUUUGUAUUAAUAAUUUCUAGGCCUUCUCAGUUUACUUUCAAUAGACAAAUUUAUCAAAAUUGUGGGUGUUAUGCUGCAAUAAUA